UAGCCGUCGAUAUUGUAAAGAUAUUAUUAAUUUUACCUAGUAAUACUAUACUGAUAAAAUUUAAUUAUCAGCGUCAUAUUUACAGUAAUCAGAUAAGUGGCGUUAAAUUCAAGACGGUGGCAUACAUGAAGGUGUUAUUUUCCAUAAUACCGUGAGACUGUGAUUAUACUCAGUAUAUGGUAUAGUUGUUGCCUCGUUAAAUUUGCAUUUUUUUUAUUAACGGUCAAAGUGUCAUUAAGAUGCGAGUAAUUUUGUCAACGGGUAUUUUAAGCUUAUUAGUGGCCGUCUCAGGGUUCUCGGAUAAUAGUGUGCGAAGAUUUAAAGAUGGCUUUCUGUUCGGGACAGCAUCUGCAGCAUACCAGGUGGAAGGGGCUUGGAAUGAAGAUGGUAAAGGCCAGUCCGUAUGGGACCACCACUUCCACAGUGACCCGGAGCUAUGGUCGGCGCCCGGAGACGUGGCCAGCGACUCAUACCACAACUACAAGAGGGAUGUGGAGAUGCUGAGGGAGUUGGGGGUGGAUGUUUACAGGUUUUCUAUAUCCUGGACUAGGGUAUUGCCUGGAGGUUUCAGCAGUAUGAAAAACGAGCCAGGCCUCCAAUACUACGACAGCCUAAUAGACGAGCUACUGAAGCACAACAUUCAGCCCAUGGUCACAAUGUACCACUUCGAUCUACCCAUGGUCCUUCAACAUUUGGGGGGGUGGGCUAACCCCUACUCUAUUGAGUGGUUUGAGGACUAUGCUAGGGUAUUGUUUGACCGAUAUGCUAGUAAGGUCAAAUACUGGAUCACCAUAAACCAACCAAACUCUGUGUGUGAGGUGGAAAACUUUGAGAACCACCUUCCUAAAAGCACGAAGGGAGUAAUGGAUUACUUGUGCGCUAAACACGUACUUCUAGCGCACGCUAGAACGUACAGAAUGUACGAGAAGGAGUAUAAGAAGAAAUAUGGAGGGUCCGUCGGAAUAUCCAUAUCUGUGAACUGGGCGGAACCCGCCACCAACACCACUGAAAACGUGGAGGCUGCUGAAAUAUACAGAGAGUUCACGUACGGCAUGUACCUGAAUCCGAUCUGGUCGAAAAGUGGAGACUUUCCCAAACUGGUGAAGGAUAGGGUGGCCAAGAAGAGCAAGGAACAGGGAUUCGUCCGCUCCAGACUACCUUCGCUUACGAAAGACGACAUCAAACUUAUUAAAGGUUCAGCGGAUUUCCUCGGCCUGAACCACUAUACCACCUUCCUGACAUCUCCGUCGAAGGGCGGCCACCCUGUGCCGUCGUUCGCUGAUGACGUCAGCGUCGACCUCACUACCAAGGAAGAGUGGAAGCAGUCUCAUAGUGCCUGGUUGAAGAGCGCCCCCUACGGGCUGUACAAAGCUUGCCUGCACCUCAACAAGCGUUACGACUACCCUACCAUCUUCAUCACAGAAAACGGCUGGUCUACCGACAAGGGUCUCCAGGAUCCAAGUCGCUCUGAGUACAUCCAGCAGUACCUUAAGGCGCUGUUGUUCGCCAUAGAGGACGGGACAGAAGUGCUCGGCUAUAUAUACUGGAGUCUCAUGGACAACGUGGAAUGGAUGGCUGGGACCAGUGAACGUUUCGGUCUCUACGAAGUAGAUUUCGACUCGCCGGAGCGAACGCGGACGGCGCGGCAGUCCGCGCUGGUAUACAAGAGAAUCAUACAAAAGAGGGUCGUCGAGGAGGGUUGGAAGCCGAACAACUUGAAGAUUACUGUUAGCAAAGUGAAAACUGAAUUGUAAACUAUUAGGCCAAGCAAUUGGGUAUUUGACUACUAGUCAAAUCAGUUUCUUUUUCGAACUGUCAAAACGAUUCUGCUACUAAGGAAUUUAUAUGAAACAGUAGCAUGUGACGUCACAAUCAAAUCGCCUACUCUUUAUAGUUUUAUACGGGUUUUAAAAUAUAUUUUUUUUAUUAAUCUUCUUUCUGGUUCUUUAUUUCAUGCAUGGUGUAAAAUAAUGUAUUUUUAAUAUAGUACAAUACCCUAUAAAGAAGGGAUAGAGGGAACUUGACUAAAUUAAACUUGUAGCAAAUUUUAUCAGCUUUCGGUAUGUCGCUAAGACGCAAAGUUUCCAAGAUAUAAGUGAAAAACCGAAAAAUGGGACGUUCUUACCCCCCCCCUCGGCCCCGACUCAAGGGCCGGGGACUUUCGAUAUGUUCACCUCCGUUCAUGUACUAGUCCGAACAAAGUUACAGACUCCAAAAUUGUGUUCUGAGCAUUUCACUGUAUAACUUUUUUUGAGCAUUCCUUGCCUGACCUAUGCAGGGUGGCAAAAGAAAACUGCGUUCCCGUUGCCAGGCAGGUUUUGGGAUUAUACUGAGCAACUUUUACUAUGCGACUAACCUCGAAAUCGCGAAAAAAAAUUAGGCUGUUUCACAUAUUUUGGCUGGUCCAUUAUCUAAGGGAGGGUAAUUUAUUUUUCGUGAUUUCGGUGUUGGUCGCAUAGUAAAAGUUGCUCAGUAUAAUCCCAAACCUCCCUGGCAACGGGAAUGCAGUAAUUUUUUAGGCAACGUGUGUAGGUGUACCACUUAUCCAGACAUUUAGGUACAGUUUUGGACCAAGGUCUCGAAGGGGAAGAAAGCAUCUAAAACCGAAUUUAAUUAUAAGCAGACAUACAGUCUGACAAAAAGGGCAAAAAAUAAAAAGUAGCAAUACUGUAGUGUCGUCCCGUUUUUUAUAAAGAUUGAUUUUAAAGG